AUGGAUUUUCUCUCUCUCUCUCUCUCUCUCUCUCUCCCCUGUGCCUCUUUGGUUCUCUCUUUUAUUGCUCACAUGCUUCAGGCAACCCCUCUUUCUCUCUUCAAGAUUCUGUCUCCCUCUUGCUCUGUCACCCUCUUCCAUCCGUUCUCUCUCUCCCCCACAUGGCGGCGGUUUCUCUCUCUCUCUCUCCCCCACAUGGCGGCGGUUUUCUCUCUCUCUCUCUCUCGGUUUCCUCUCUUUGGCGGCGGUUUUCUCUCUCUCUCUCUCCCCCACAUGGCGGCGGUUUUCUCUCUCUCUCUCUCCCCCACAUGGCGGCGGUUUUCUCUCUCUCUCCCCACAUGGCGGGUUUCUCUCUCUCUCUCUCCCCACAUGGCGGCGGUUUCUCUCUCUCUCUCCCACAUGGCGGCAGUUUUCUCUCUCUCUCUCCCCACAUGGCGGCGGUUUUCUCUCUCUCUCUCUCCCCCACAUGGCGGCGGUUUCUCUCUCUCUCUCUCCCCACAUGGCGGCGUUUUUCUCUCUCUCUCUCCCCCCACAUGGCGGUUUUUCUCUCUCUCUCUCUCCCCACAUGGCGGCGCGUUUCUCUCUCUCUCUCCCCCACAUGGCGGCAGUUUUCUCUCUCUCUCUCCCCCACAUGGCGGCGGUUUCUCUCUCUCUCUCUCCCCCCACAUGGCGUUUUCUCUCUCUCUCUCUCCCCCCACAUUUCUCUCGGUUUCUCUCUCUCUCCCCCACAUGGCGGCGGUUCUCUCUCUCUCUCUCUCUGUUAUGUGUCAGACUACCUCUCUGUACCUCCUCAAAGUUCUCUGCUCUUUUCCCUUCAGUCUCUUGCUCUCCCUCUGGCUUUCAAGCUCUCUCUCUUUCUGUGCCUAA